GUGCAGCGCACUAAUCCAGUAUAAUGGCUUUCUGUGUGGGAAGUGUGUUGGUACUGAGUGUGCUCUCUCUGAUCCGGGUUCGAGGAGAAGUGUCUGUGGACUGUGGCAGAAGCUCUGUCUCGGUGAGAUGGACUGACUCCCAGUCUCUGACUGACCCCUGGUUCCUCCGGCUGGGGAGCUGCCUUCCCUCCAGUAUAUCAGUCAGACCUGGGGGGGCAGAGGCCAUAUUUUAUGCAAGGUUUGAUGACUGCAGUUUCAGGAGACUGGUGACUGAAGAUGAGAUUGUGUUUGAGAAUGAACUGUCAACAGAGCCUUCAACCAAAAACCCUUCCGGCUUCUUCUCUCCUAUUGUCUGUGUUUAUGAAAGGCCUGCAGACUGGAGGCCGCCUAUGUAUGAUCCAAUGCUCUUCCUUACCAAUGGAAAGGGGGACCUGGUCUUCCAUAUGAACUUCAUGAAAGAGGACUUUAGUGGUGUGGCCACAUCAACUACGUUCCCCCUGGGCUCACUAAUCUCAAUCGCUGCUGCUGUUGAGCAACAGGCUCAUCAGCCCCUGGUUCUGCUGCUGGAAGAGUGUGUGGCCUCCACGACCCCAGAGCUGGAACAAAGCAACAAAAUUUACCCCAUAAUUGCAAACAAGGGAUGUCUGAUAGAAAGCAAGAAGAGUAAUUCCAGGUUCUUGCCCAGACGAAACCCAUCUGAAAUCAGAAUGUAUCUCCAAGCCUUCAAAUUUGCUCUUGGAGAAGAUGUCUACAUUCACUGUAAACUAGUAGCUUGGGACCCCAAAGGUCUGGACAAUGGCAGGAAAGCUUGUCAUUAUGACAAAAACAAUGGAAGAUGGGAGCUCCUCGACAAUGUUUUGGAGAGUGGUCUUUGCGCUUGCUGUGACACACAGUGCCGAACAAGAAAUAAAAGAGAAUUAAACAGAGGUAUAGCUCACCCUGUUGUACUUGGGCCACUUACCAUCACGGAUUAAUCACUGGAUAACAGCUGAUGCAUGUGACCAGGAUUGGUGCUGUCCUAGGAGACUCUGGGGUGGGGGCCUGUCGUUAAUCCUAGUGUAACUGAAGGAUGUUUCCACAUCUCUGUAACUUAAGUUACUGUAGAGCAGGCGGUCCAGUGCGGGAUUUGUCCUACAAUAUUUUUUUUUUUAAACUCUAGUGAUUCCAGAGACUGUUGGAAUUGUUGCCUCUGUAAGCUCAUUUAUGUGAUUAUUAUUAUUAUUUUUUUUUUGUAAUGAUUGCUUUAAAUCAUUUUAAUACAGCUUGAAAUGUUGCUGUAAAAUAUGACUAAGUUGUCUGUUAUGCCAAGUUUUUUUUUCUAUUCAUUUUUUUCUAUUCAAUUUUUUUCUUUCUAUUAUUUUCCUCUUUUUCCCAGUGCUCCUCUUCAUUCCCCUCCACCAUUUAGAUGAAGCCAAUGUUGUCCUAAACUAUUCUCUAAUAGCUAGCCUAAUUGUAUAAUACAGAUUUUCUAGUUUGAGGAAUGUUUGUAUUCAAUAAAUCAAACAUCUAAUUCAACUGA